AUGAAGGCGUGGGAGGAGGCACGCGUUUCUGGCGGAAUUGACGAGGAGACAGCUCCCUACGGCUGGCUUCGGCACGAGUCCGGUGUUCAUCGCGUCCAGCGCGUGCCCAGCACGGACAAAAAGGGCCGUAUGCAGACCUCCAGCGCAGUCGUGGUCGUUCUGCCGAUUGCUGACGAAGAGGAUGUGGACUUCGCCGCCGGCGAUCUCCGAAUUGAGAUCAGCAAGAAGUCCUCGGGCCCCGGUGGACAAAGCGUCAAUGCGGCGCAUCAGGCAGUUCGGGCCAUCCACGUUCCGACGGGGCUUUCAGUGCAGAGUACCUCCUCUCAGUCGCAGUACGAGAAUCGGAUCCGUGCAAUUGAAAUGCUGCGGACAAAGCUUCUAGACCGACAGAUUUCAGCCAGAUCAGAAUUCGAGCGCGCCGAGCGCAAGGAUCAAAAGGGCACUGGAGACCGAUCUGAGAAGAUCCGGACUUACAACUUCCAACGUGACGAGGUUGUAGACCACCGGCUGCCGAAAGAUGCAGGUGGGGGUGGCCACAGCGCAAGCGAUGUUCUCUUUGCAGGAGGCCUGGAGGCCAUCUUGAUUUUCCACAGAGAGCAAAGCAGGAGGUCGUACCUGGAGCGGGCUGUCAUGGCCAUGGAGGAGGAAUUGCUGCAAAAGUCGAUUGAGACAUUUCUUGACACGGUGCUCUCAGUGUUGCAUGUUCUGGGGUAG